CCACUUUUGGCUCAGACCAUUUUGACCCGAGCACUCAGGGCAGCCCCAGCCCAGCCCGUGUCCGCGGCCAUGGCCGUGCUCUCGCGCGCUAUCAUCUCGCACCCGACCUUCGCCUCCCUCGGCGCGGGCGCGGCCGCCUUCGCCCCCACUGGCGCUCAGCUCCGCGGCCCGGCGCCGCCGCAGUCGCCCGCCGCGGCGCCGCAGCAGCCGCAGGCCGCCGCCGCGGGCGCCGCCGCGCCGCUCGCCGCCGUCGGCGUUGCCGCCGUGCUGGCCGCGGGAGCGCGCUCCCGCGGGGCCGCCAAGAAGGCCAGGGUGGCGGUGCAGGGGCAAACCGUCACGACGACGGACCGUCUCAAGGGAGACCCCACGGCCGAGGGCGCGGAUGGCUCCUUGUGGAAGGCCGCGCCCAGCCGUGUGAGCGACGGCAUCGGGGCGAAGGACGGCUCCUCGUGGGCGUCGUACGCCUCCGGGGAGGUCGGCAUCGCGUUCCCGAUCACAGACAAGUGGGACCCUCUCAACCUCAGCAGCACCGACGAGAAGAUGGAGCGGUACACUCAGGUUGAGAUCAAGCACGGCCGCAUCGCAAUGAUCGCGUGCAUCGGGUACGUCAUGCCAGAGAUCUUCCGCUUCCCCGGCUGCGAGGAUUUCGGGCACGGCCUGGCCGCCCUGACCACCAUCCCGGUCGAGGGGUGGCUUCAGCUCGUGGCCCUCAUCGGCGCGCACGAGGCGCUCCUGAAGCCCGGCACGCGCGCGGGUGCGGUGAACGGCGCGGACUACGGCUUCGGCACGGAGGUCUUCGACGGAAACCCCGACUUCGAGAAGGCGCGCCGCCAGACAGUGGAGCGCAACAACGGCCGCCUGGCGAUGAUCGCCAUCAUGGGCCUCAUGAUCCAGGACUACACCUUUGGGGUGACCCCGCUCCAGCUGAUCAACAAGGGCGGCUUCUACGGUCCCCCGGUCGAUUUCAUUAUCAAGGACAUCGGCAUGUGCAGCGGCUACACCUACUGCGCCACCAAGGAGCGCACUGCGCGCACCAUCAUGCGCUCCGGCUAUUCCGAGUGCUACAAGCCGUUCCAGAACGGCCGCUACCCGCCGGCGCCCGGUCAGGAGUGGGACGACGACUGGGGCUGCCCCGACCCCGAGAAAGAGGUCGAGAUGUCCCCCUCCAUGCCGUUCCUGGCCAUCUGA